UGCAAUGGGGCGGAAGAAGAUCGUAAUCCGGCGCAUCGAGAACAAGGCUGCACGGGACAUCUGCUUCUCCAAGCGCCGGCAGGGGCUGUUUCGCAAGGCGAACGAACUGGCCGUCAUGUGCGGCGCCCAGGUGGCCGCCGUCGUCUAUUCCCCGGCCGGCAAGGCCUAUUCCUUCGGCCACCCCUCCGCCGAGGACAUCGUCGACUGCUUCCUCCGCCCCGCGGAGCAGGCCGGGGCGGCGGGGGCUGGCAUGGGCGCCGCCGUCGUCCCGGACCGGCUGGCAGAGCUGCAACAGAAGUACAACAAGCUGUGCACGGAGCAGAGCGCGGUGGAGAAGCGGAAGGAGCGCUGGGGGGAGGCCAUAGCGAAGGGUCGCGCGGAGGGGAGCCAGGCGGCGGCGUGGCUGGACGCAGUCGCAGACCAGCGCGACAUGGGGGACGCGGACAUGCUGGCCUGCAUGGCUUCGCUGAGGGAGGCGCAGGUCACCGUGGCGGCGGGCGUCAACCAGGUCCUCCAGGACGGUCGCCGUGACCGGGAGCGGGAGGCAGCCCUCGCACCCCUGCCGCCACAGCUACUCGCCGGCGGCGGUGGCUUUGAGCUCGGUGGGACGGGGCCAUGA